CCAAAAUAUGUCAAUUCGAUUAACAUGGAGGCUCUUAAUGAUAGAAUUGGAACGAGCAAACCCAUUACCAAGAAGGAAAAACAAUAAUGCUCCGUAACAAUAACCAUUGAUAAUUUUGUAUAGUUAUGCCCUUGUAUCAAAUAAGUAUACACACAAUUGGAUGUUGAGAAGUGUUCGUCCUCAAAAUGAAUUAAUCCAGAUGACAAGAGCAAUAUUACACCAGGAACGAUUGAUUGUCUUAAGUAUAACGUGCAUUGACAUGUAAUACGCUUUUUGCUGGUAAUGUAUCGGUACACCCUUUCACGGGCAAUAGCUAAGCCCCGUGAUUGACCUCGGUGUUCACUGGAGUGCAUUGAAGUGUGUUAAAUCCAAUACAACUGUUUGUGCGCAGCUAUGGUUACGACCACCAUGCUGGACAUUUGGCUUGAGACAUUUGACAGUAGCUAGUCUUGUCACAACGCAAACAUGCCGCCCAAAAAAGUCUCCACUUCGAAAACGCCGUCUAAACCUGUCACCUCCAAAGGUACCACCACCAAAACCCCGGAAAAGAAAGCAGGGAUCCAAAAAGGUGAGGCAUCAGCAUCAGCAUCCGCAUCAGCAUCAGCCGCCCCUCCACCCAUGCCGCCGGUGACGACAAUCAGUCUGAAGGGACUCAGUACGCUGGCAGAAGAAGCCAACCGCAAGGAUCCCAACAAAUGGCCCCUCAUAAUUGACCUCCAGGGAAACGUGACCACCUUCUUCAAAUACCGCGAUGCUAACGUCCUGCAGGCUGAGCUUCCAGGUGACCUGAGUGUUGAUAAACUCAGGGUAGCACUGAUAGGUGCGCUGAGGUUCGGCAAACCACUAGUGCUGGACAUGGGUUCACGUGACAUGGGAGAGGUGGAGAGGUUGAAUGACGUUGAGAAGAACUUGCUUGAUUCCCUUCUGAACAAGACACUGCUGGAGGAUGAAAGAUACCUGACGCUUGUCCAGCCCGAGGACGAGAAGGAGUACCACAACUCGGCCUACUAUGCCACGGAGAGGUUCAGCCUCGUUGUCGUCACCACCAACCCCAGCCCCAACACCCACAUCGCCGCCAGGAUGACCUGUUUCCAGGUUGAGUGACAUCACCAGACACGGCUUCAUUUUAGAUUAUCUAAACGUUCACAACCAUGAAUUCGGUCUUGACCGAGGGACGAUUGGAAUAGGAAGAUCUGAGCAGCGAUAGGUCAAAAGUAGUACCAGUCGGAUAGGCCCAAUGUGGUACUUUUCUGCCUACCCCCAUCGACCCUCAACCCACCAAGACCGAGAUCGAGGUCGUGAACCGACUUAUAGACCCUCAUCUCUUCAGAUGUCUACGUCAUUUAACACAUAUCUCGUUUUUAUUUGAUGCCUAUACCCCCUGUUUACAAUGGGCUCGUCUAACUCUCAUUAAAAUAUGUACUGCACGUGCGCCAACAGGUGGGCGACGCGCGUAGUCUCAAACCAUGUGUUCAGUGAACCGUUACUUCAUCACCUGCCUCGGUGGCCCAAUGGGUAAUUAGUUUAACUGGCAUCCAGCACUUUCCACACAGUGCGUGACCAGUCCAGUGUCACCAGAACAUCUCAGAAUAUUCCACAUGUUUCUCAAACGCUUGACAACCGGAAAUUUACAGAUAAUUCGAACAUCUAAAUAUAAUAACGUCCUCGCCACUACUUACAUUUAAUAGUACUACAUUCCUGACAACUAAUCAUUGUUCAAAUACAAUGCAACGGACUUCUACUGAAUCUCAACAGAAACAAUUUAAUACAGUUACAAUCAUUGUUUAACAAUACAUUACACUGCCAUAUGACCAUAUGCAUAUGUGGGCAAAAAGGUCAUCGUCUUCAGCUAGAAGGCUAUGUGUAUUUCUAUGGUGGUAAGUGCUUUCUCAGAACCAUCUGUGACCGAGGUGUCUCUCCCUGAACCAUCUGUGACUAACGCUAGAUCUCUAAAUGAACAAUCUGUGAUCAAUGCGAGUGACCCCACUGUGACCCAUGUCUCUCUCAAGGAACCAUCUGUGAUCUCAAUUGUCUCUCAACGAACAAUAUGUAGCAAUUUCUGCCAAUAGAUGCCACGUUGUACACACCAUUUCUGUCUUCAGUAUGAAUAAAUGGUUUAUCAUGUA